UCAAAAUGGCCGCCUGUCUAAAGACAUACAAGUCUUUGUUUUGUUUUUCACCAAGUCCUGGUUUAUUUCAACAACAUACUGUCAUCAGAUAACACAUAUAUUUAAUCAGCGUCAUUAAUUCUUGCUUCGUAAAUAAAAAUGUGGAAAUAUUUAUAGACUUAUAAAAAAUACGCAGUUAAAUUUUCGCGCGUGUUAUUGUCUUAUUUACCAGUUUGUCCAUGAACUUUUGUCUGUGUUAGUGUCAUCCGUCAGAGUGUUGCAUUGUAAUGUAUAUUUUUAUUUUUCUCUCAAAAAAUAAAUCCAUCAGAAUUAAAGACAGUUGGCAGUCGUGCGCCGUGAAAUUAACUACGAUGUACACACACAAAUAAAACACAAGUAUGUAGAAAUAAUAAACAUGGACACAGAUAUUAAAAGCGAAUGUUUAAUACCAUGACAAAAGCCACCAUUCACAGCCUUGGAAUGGUAUUACGGCCUACGGGUUUGGAAAUCAGCUGAUUUCAAUCAAUGGAAACAAAGUAAUGUUGUGUGUGGUUGGUUAACACGAGCGUCACUUAGUACAAAAACAUAAAACAGCUGGAACACCGUUAUAAUAUAACAAUACAGAAAAUACUUAAAUAUUUAACAUAAAUACAAGUUUAUUGUCUGGUCUGUGGAUUUAAAUGAUCACUAUAUUGCAUUAUACUGGAUCAUCUUCUGUCUCUGUUUUUGAUCAGUCAUAUAUACGCUGCUGGCUGUUCUGCUGCUGUUGAAAAAAAAAAAUAAAUAAAUAAAUACGACAAAUCUUAGUCACCGUCACCUCGUCGUUGCUUUGUUAUCAUUAUAAUUAUUAUUUUUUCUUUUAAUUAUUAUUAUAUAGUUUAUUAUUUAUUAUUUAUUAUGUUUGCUACUAUAUCUGUCUCGAAUCGUAAUCGCAACUCAAAUAAUAAUACGACAACACGUGUUGUGAAUAUGAAUUUUUCGGAAUUAUAUUGUCGAGCGCGUGUUACGCGUGCAUAACAAUUGACACUGCGUAAAAAUGACAAUGUUAAUUAUUUUAAAUCAAGCCAAACCAUCCAUGUUUUUUUACGGAGAAUAAUUAUUAUUUUUUGACUGCUGUGAAAAGCCUCGACGCAAUAAUGUCUUGGCUUGUAAGAUUUCCUUGGUCGGAGAGCAUUAAAAAACGAGCUUGCAGGUAUUUACUUCAACGUUAUCUAGGACAAUUUUUGGAGGAAAAACUCACACUUGAUCAACUCACUGUUGAUCUUUACAAUGGAACUGGAAGAGUCACUAAUGUCAGCCUUGAUGUUCAGGCGCUUAAUGAGAUGGGCGAGCAACAGCACUUGCCACUGGAGUUUGUCGAUGGAUUUAUAUCGGAAAUGUCCGUAAGCAUACCCUGGUCGGCAUUGCUCAGCGAAGCUAGUUAUGUCGAGGUCAAAGGUCUCAAAAUUACAGUCCAACCGAGACAAAGAACAGAGACGGGAACUUCAAUGUUCGAGUCAAUGUGGAGUUCUAUGACAUCUAGCAUGCAGUUGGCUCAAGAAUGUUUGCAGCAAGACGCUAAUAAUACAGGUGGUAACAAUGCACAACCUCUUGAAGGCGUUGAAUUAUUUGCACAGACUAUCGACUCGAUAUUGUGUCGUGUAAGAGUACGCUUUAUUGACACGGUAAUAAGAUUGGAGCAUGUGCCUCUCGACUCAACUACCGGGGUUGCUAUUGAGAUGUGCAUAAAAAAUUUAGAAUACUCUGAUGAAGCUGGAUCCGAUCCCAGCAAUGUCAAUUUGGACGCCAAUCAGCCGUCUAAGGGCUAUAUCGUUUCUGCUUUUACGACCAAGCGAUUUUAUUUGGAAGGAGUCACUUUUCAUACUGACGAGUUUCCUAGUAGGGCUCGGACUUUCUCGAGGAGUGUUAUGACUACUAGCAGAGGUUCUACGCCUGAUUCAAAGAAUUCAGAUGGACAAUUUUCAUCCGCACAAAUAUCACCAACGCAACACAAUAUCCCAACACCUCCAGAAAGAAAUUUAAUAAACACAUUAAGCCAAUCAAACCCAAUAAUGUGCGCAAAAAUAACAGGUCGUCAGGAGAUAAGAUUAAAACUAAAGCAAGGCGAAGGUAUCCUGGGCCCAAAAGUCGAGUUAGAAGUAACUCUAGGAUCUUUCAUAUCAUUUCUAAGCCCUCGACAAGUACACGUGCUAAUGGAACUAGGCCACGGACUCGCGUCUCCAGAUCUCGAAGACAUAAGCAACGUAGCUCCUCGAAGUGCCGAAAAACCAAUGGCAGGAAGUGACUUCAGCCGCGUCGAAAGAGAGCUAAUGCAUCAGUUACAUCCAGUCCAUGGCUUACGUACCACCGACUUGCGCAAUACUCAAGGCUGGUCAACCGCUUCGUUAGACGAGUCUGACAACGAGGACGAAUUUCUGCCCAUGAAGCUUGGAGGUAUGAGCGACUCUCAAACUACAAACAACAUCAGCAUGGACGAAAGUAUUUCCGCCAGCAGCAUAAGCUCAAAAAGCUCCGUUACAAAUGUCUCAAAGCCUCACAAGCACCGCGUGAACGCCGACUCUGAUCCUACCGCAGAAACUUCCCAGUUUCACAUCCGAGUGUCUUCAAUCGCAGUGAUACUCCUCCACGAAGACAUUCUCACAACUGGAAUAGAAUCCCGGGGCUUGACUUGCGCGAGUACCGAGCAGAUGAAAACCGCUUCUGAAGAAUUCUUCAGCAAACUCGGAAUUUUUGCCGCGGAUGGUUACGGUAACAAAAAUUUCGACAAAGCAGCUAAAAUAUUCCUCGACGCUUGUCGACUCAGUCACAUCCGGUUACUAGCUGCUCCCCUGGUGGUAGAAGGAAGCGAAAAAACAACUCCUCAAUCAUCAGCAAUAAACGGAAGCCUGACUCUAGCGACUCUUGAAAUAGUCGAGUGUCUAGUAGACACUAGCACUAAUUCCGAGACUCCAAAAGUCGAAUACGUUGAACUUCUGACCUUUGAUAACAAAUCAUUAGCCACUGACAACUUUGGACUCUUGAACAGAACGGACUUUCGCAUGAGAUUCAAGUACACUGAAAAAGCAGUACGUCAAGCCCAAACGACUAAAUUCGCUCACCCACGCACGGAGAUCGACAUCCAGCUGGACCCUUGCCAGAGUGAAAUUGACAUUACAAUAAUCGACAGAAUAUCUUCGGUGUUAAAUCCCCAGCCUAUUUGCACCUACAACCCCUCCUCGACGGCCAAAGACAUGUGGAACCAGCACACAAUGUUCUACCAAGCCGUCGAAAGCCCGAUUCUUUCAGACUCUCGGGUAAAUAUUAAAGUAUCUUCCUCACGUGCUAUACUUAAAGUAAGAUUCCCCGUGCCAGACUUAAGACCCUUGCAUGACAUGAGUAGAGCGCCUUGGUGGACCCGCUCAGUAAGGUCAGAUUUUAUCACGCUCACUUUAACAGACGCACAAUUCCACACGUCGAUGGACAGCCAAGCUCACUAUUUAUCAAGACAAGAGAUUCAAUGCCGACAAGUCUUGCUAACUUACACAGAAAUAGACUCGGACAUCCCGAUUAAAAUUGCCACCAGCCACGUCAAUGAUAAACUCGACAGUUUAUUACCACUCGAAGGCGAGUGCUUCGGCUGGCCCAGGAUGGUCUUCACAAUUUACCCCCAACACUUGGGAGGCCCAUUAGAAGACAGCUCGGAAGAAGAACCAGGGUCUAGCUUGGACGAAUCUUUGGGACAGCCGGCAAGGCACCAACCUUCACCGUUUAGCUCCAAGCGAGUGAUCCACGAGUCAGACACUCCUCACAGCGAAUCUCAGGCUCAUACAGGCUCUAAGGACGACCACGAACACCGCGAAGGAGAGGAGCUUAUAAUUCCCGGGAACCGACAAGAGAUGUUGGAAUUUAUGGAGGAAGGCACUCAAGGCUCAAGAGUUCAGAUUGACAUCAGCCUGCCGUGUUUAUCCGUUCAGAUCCCCUCAAAGCGGCUUUAUGAACAAAUUUACAACAGAAUCAACACUGACCUCUUCCUUUGGGAGCCUUCUGCUCCAAGACCUAAGUAUACAAUCACAGAUCCUCACGGUGGACUUGACCUAGCUUCAACUUUGCUCCAAGAGUCAGUUCAUCCUAAAUUCAGCAUGUGCAAAAGCGGAAUUCAGUAUGACUCCGACUCCGACAGCGAUGAGGACGGAGUUUUUCAUUCUGUAGCUGAAAAAAGUUUCAACCAGACUCUAAACAAAGCUUCCAAGAACGGACAGAGUAAAAUGUCGCUUACAUUAAAUAUUCACGACGGAUUGCUUACAAUGUACACACCAGUCCGUGAUGUUCUCUCGAAUGUGAUUCCCGGCCAGCAGGGAGAAUUGAUAAUUAGAGUCGAGGAUGCUACAAUAUUCUGCGUAAAUUCUUACAAAGGAAACGCUAACCUGGGGUAUGUUUGUACUAUGAUCAAAAGUGUCUCGCUUAACCACUGUGGGAUUACAACAAUUCCUUCAACAACUCCACCAUUGAGGUCUAUCAACAGCGUGAUUCCCAGACACUGUCAGCCGGCGAUCUACCGGAGCAACAACGGACAAGAAAAAGAUCCCGAGGACUCGGAUAUGCUGACAGUUGCCGUGAGGAUCCAAACAGCUCAUCAGACUCAUCAUAUAAAAACCUUCCGAGUGGCUGUUGGGAUCAGAAACGCGACUCUGAGACACCGGAUGUCCUCCUCGCAAGUUUCUUGGUUCACUCAGCUCACAGACUGUCUCGACGUGAUAGACCACCCGGUAGCUGGUUACUCUCCACCGGGAGUGCUUACAGAGCUUCACCUCCACCUUUGGAACUGCGCGGUUGAUUACAGACCUCUGUACCUUCCUUUGAGGUCCAUGAUAACUCUAGGAAGCUUCAGUGUCUCCAGCAAUAUCGCUGCUAAGACAAACACUUCAACUUUGAGAUUCAUCGCCGAGGACGUCGCGCUUUUUCUGUCUGAGAAGCUGGGGAAUCAUGUGGACCUAAAGCACGACUACAUCGGAGUGAUGGACUUGGGAUUAUUCGAACUGUCUUUGAGGCUUAACGAAAAAAUGUGCGGUGGCGCUCCGAGAGUUGACUUGCGGGCGAGUAAUAAUGUACUUCACGUUAGAACUUGCGCUGAUUCCGGGCGGGCUUUGAUGCAGCUUCUGACUUACUUUGCGAGUGAUGGAGAUCUUUCUCCGAAUAUUGGGAGCACUGAGAGCAUCGCUGUGCCUAGUUCCGGGGAUGAGGAGAGUUUGCUGGGGGAAGAUAGUAUCAAUAUGCUGAGCAAGAGUCAGGAAGAGCGGGUUAACACUUUGAUGGAAGAAGCGAUGGAAGAUACGGUGAGGGGGAGCACUACGAGCUUGAGUAAAAAAUCUCCGGAAGAGAAACAACAAGUUGAAGUGUUCUUCUUCCCAGAUGAACCUCAUCCGGCGACUCAGGUCCCGGAGAUGAGCAAUAAUAAUAAUAUUAAUAAUAAUUUACCGCCUCGCGGUGCUGAAUCUGACGAUACUGAUGAGGAUUUUUGUAUUCUUGGGGAAGAAGCGGGAGCUGGAAUCAUGCCAAGGCACGGAAUUCCGGAGAUUCGUUGGCUAAGUCAGGAAUAUAUUAGAGUUGUUGAUAAUCACUUUGCUGUGCCAUUGGGUAAGACGGAUUUGCUGAAAGCUCCUAAACAUUUUCCUGCGCCGGUUUUGAGGUACACUCUUUGUGAGAUGACUCUAGUCUGGCAUAUGUAUGGUGGAAAGGAUUUUGGAAAAUUACCGGUGAAAAAAAAGAAUGUGACUAUUGAAGACCCGGCGGGUAGGUUUGAUAAUUCACUGGGGCGUAGCAGGUCAACAGUUGUGGGAUUUAGUAAAGUUAAUCCGCAUGAAGUGAGAUUUGGAAGCGCUCCUAAUUCGCCUUGUGGAAAAAUGAAGUCUGCGAAGAACUGGUACGUCCAGGGUGGCCCUGGAAGACAGCAUGAUGUCCUGAUGGAAUUGCAAUUAAAUAAAGUGAGGUUCCAGCAUGAGACUUAUCCGGAGAAUACUACUGAAGCGUCGAGACAAGUGCUACUGAUAAGUGAAAUUGAAAUUAGGGACAGGUUGGCUUCUUCGCAUAUAAACAAAUUUUUGUACCAGUAUAGCAGCGAAGCGUGUCCGAGGCAAACACAUGCGAAUAUGUUUGCUAUGAAGGCGGUUCAUGUGAGACCUGAUCCGAAAUUUAGCGCUCAAGAGUGCUGUUUGAAGCUGAGUCUCUUGCCACUGAGACUUAACAUUGAUCAGGAUAGUUUAUUGUUUUUGAUUGACUUCUUCACGGAACUGACGGGGAAUAUGAAGACCAGUCAGGAUAAUAUUAAUGGUCCUAGUACUACGCAGUCUUCGCCUGGGUCUAAACAGAGUACGCCUACUCACCAUCCGCCGGUGAUGAGUGUUAAUGAUGAAGCUUCUGAUUUGCCGAGGCAAGAUAGUCCUAGGCUUAUUGAUAGUAAUAUUGUUGAUCAGAAUUUGAUGAUACUCUUGGAGGACGAGCUGACAAUCAAAGAGAAUAAAACUAAAAUUAAGACAAGUUGUGGAUCUCAGGACGACAGUCAGCCUAUUUAUUUUAGGAGUGUUAUAUUCGCACCAGAAGUACUUGUGAGAUUAGAUUACCAUGGAAAAAGGGUAGACUUGACCCACGGACCGAUGGCUGGUUUAUUAAUGGGUUUGGCACAACUCAACUGUUCUGAACUAAGACUGAAACGGCUGACGCACCGUCACGGUUUACUUGGUAUUGAUAAACUCAUGGCUUUUAUACUGGCUGAAUGGUUACAGGAUAUUAAAAAAAAUCAACUGCCGAGUUUGUUAGGCGGAGUUGGUCCUAUGCAUUCAUUAGUUCAGCUGUUCCAAGGCUUCAGAGAUUUAUUCUGGCUGCCAAUAGAACAAUAUCAAAGAGACGGAAGAAUAGUACGAGGUAUACAACGUGGAGCAAAUAGUUUUACAACUUCAACGGCGAUGGCUGCUCUAGAACUGACGUCCAGAUUGGUCCAUGUGAUCCAGAGUACUGCAGAAACGGCCUAUGACAUGGUCAGUCCUGGGCCUAGUGUACGAAGAAAACAAAAAGGUCAGAAAGGACGACGUAAGCGUUACAAUCAGCCUUUAGAUAUACGCGAAGGAAUGGCCAAUGCUUACAUGCUAGUCAAAGAGGGUUUAGGUGAAACCGCAAAUCAAUUAGUACGCGUUGCAAGUGAGGAACAUGAACAAAAGGGAGUUAGUGGAGCUGUUGGUGGUGUAUUGCGGCAAAUACCCCCUACAGUUGUUAAGCCGAUUAUUCUCGCAACAGAAGCAACGAGCAAUGUACUUGGCGGUAUGAGAUCUCAAUUGGUGCCAGACGCAAGACGCGAGGCCGCUCAAAAGUGGAGGCAGGAUCCUCGUGAUGUUAAUUAAUAAUAUUUGUAUAUUAAUUAACACACUAUAUUACUAUACUAUACCGAUAUAUUUAAAUCCACGUCAAGGAUAUGACAAAACUUUUUUAUUACCAUUAUUUUAAAAAUAAUUUAUAGAUUUAAGCUUUGUCGCUAAAAAAAGUCAACAUGAGUGAGCUCCAAUAUUUUGUCCGAAUCGCGCAAACUCUUUAUUGAUAAUUCAUAAUUAUUGUCAUUAUUUUGACUAAGUAACUUUAAUAUAAUUAAUUUUUAAUUAAUGCUUAAGGACAUUAAAUCUAAGUGGUUUAAUUGUGGAAAAAA